AUGCACGGUAGACGACGCGCCGUUUUGAUGGGCGAAGAGGGACAACUUCCCAGAGCGGUACGUUUUUUGAAUGUCUUGUCUAAGAUAACUUGUUGCUUAUGGGAACUUGGGGACUAGAAAUCGAACAUGGAAAACCUAGUCCCCAAUUUCAAAAAAAUUUGUUGAUUUUUCAGAUUUCAAAAUUCAUUUUGAAAGUUUCCAUGUAAUAUAAAUUUGUAUGAAAAAAUACUGAAAGUUGUCUGGCGAAUAAGAAUUCUCGAAGGGGGACUAGAAAUCCAAGCGGAUAAAAACUAGUCCCCAUCUUCAGAAAGCCAGGAUGAUUCAUUGAAAUUGCUACGUCACAAGUAAAACCUAGAUAUCCAACUGCAAAAACUGGUCCCCGAAUUUAAGAAAAAUUCGUCAUUCAAAUUUUCUUGUUAUUUUCGAAAUUUUUUGUAGUUGUAAGUAAGUACAAAAAUGAUUUCAUUUGAUGAAAUAACCAAGAAUUUCUAAAGUCGGGACUAUAUUUUCAGUCCCUUCUUCAAUCGAAUUCUCUGACGCUGAAAACCCUCAAAAAAUCGAAAAUAACCUCUGAAAAUCAUCAGCUUCCUCAUAGAUUUUCAUUGUAAAAAUUGUACCCAAAAACCAGAAAAGACGAUAUUUUAGUUGAUCAAAGUCCAUAGGUUUUUUGUCGCCGCGCGCGCUAAUUUCUGACAACUUUACGGCAAAUAUUGACAAAUCCAAACACAUUUUGCAGUAAAUUUGUGUGUGAUAAUGGCAGAAAGUUCAUAUCGAGACCAAGACAAAAAUUGCCUUCUCAAUAAAAGAACAUAAAACAAAAAUUCUUGACAAAGAUCAAAAGAUCUGACCUUGGUUAGCUAGCCAUCGGACAAAAAAAGAAUCAAGACAAAAACAAAAAAAAGUGAUUUUUCAAAAAAAAGUUUCUUCCUCCGCGCGACUCCAAAAAUAGCCAACCAACAUGUUUUUUUAUUUCAGUUGGCACCACACGGUCAUUCAUCACAUCAUCAUCAUCACAAAAUGCGAAGUCAGGCGGGAGGAAAUCAGGAUGCUGAAAACGACGAGUUCGUUGCCAGAACCACUAUUUUGAGCAAAGGACAGGUAGGGAGGUUUUGGGAUUUGUAAACCUAGAAAAUGAGCUGGGAUGUUUUUAAGGGAUGGGACUAGUUUUGAGGCGAAGUUGAACCUAAGUAUGAUAAUUGGCGGAGCCUAAACCCAGACAGUUGGUGAAGCUUAAAGUUUUGAUUGAGCCCGAAUCUAGAUUUUUGGUCAAGCUCAAGUCCAACAAAAUGGCUAAGCCUAACAUUUAAGCUUAGAAUUUCUCAUGUUUUUCCAAAUUCAAUUAACUUUUCAUGGUCAAAACCAUAUAUUUUCUCCAAUUUUCUCUUGUCUUCUUCUUCGAAAAAAACAAGCUUGACCAUUUUUUUUCGCCCAAAUAACACAUUCUUCUUCGCUUCUCUCUUUCUUCUUAUUUUAUAUAUUAUAAUAUUAUUGAUAUUACGUCACAAGCAAAAACUGGUUGCCUUUCUACAAAAAAAAACGCUUGUGUUUUGGCUGCGGCGAAAAAUUCGUAGAAAAUUAAAUGUUUUUUGUGUCUCUGUCCAUCAUUCUUAAACAGUUAUAUAACCAGUUAGGAAGGGCAGUGAAUUUUCAGCCAAGAGAAACAAAAAGAGAGGAAACCUAGAGAGGGACUAGAAAUCUAGUUGGAAUAAAUCUAGUCCCCGAAUUCAAAAAUUCGAAUUCCUGGUAAAUUUGCAAAUAUUCUGACAGUUUCAUCUCAACUAUUUCAAAAUCGGGGACUAAUUUUUUCUAGUCCUCACUUCAAUUUCUUAAAAAGUUGCUGAAAAAAAUUUCAGCAAGUAGAGAAAAAAGGGGAGAAAAGUUUUUCGGCUUGACGUCAUAUAAGGACCCCUUUUCGCCUACGCACACACUGAGCACAUGCAUAUACACAAACAACUUUUGCUGAGCUUGAGCCAAGGGGGAAAUGAGCAGCACAAAAAAUAAUUCAUGUUUACUUAUUUACGGAUAUUUUUUGGCGGGGCAAAAAUACAGAAAUUGUCCGGGAGAACUACACGCUUUACUUUGACAUUUUUCAGCUCAAAAAAUUGCGAAGUGUUUUGGAGGAAAAAGUCGAGAUUCAUGGACGUGGCAAUUUUCCAACAAUUUCGGCCAGACUUGUUGAUUUGAUUGUGUGUUUGAGACAAAACUUGAGGUAAGACAUUUUUUAUAAUUUUUUACUCUAGAAAUUCACCUCGAAAAGAAACUUUUCUUAAAUCUUUAAAUAUUUUCAGAGACAUCCAAAACCCUCCAAAAAAUGUGAAAUUGAAUGGAGGAGCUGCCUCUUAUGUCGCAUCAUCCGAAGAUUUUUCCUAUGCGGAUCUCGAUUUGAUUUUCCCAAUGGAAGUUGGCCAAGAAAACAGUUCAACUUGUUUUGAUAAAGUUCGCGACGCAGUUUUCACAACAAUCCGUGAAUUAAUGCCAGAAAAUAUUGGAAAAGAGAAGUUCCCAGUCGACACUUUGAAAGAUGUUUAUAUUCGAAAAAUGAUCAAAGUUUCGAAUGACGAUGAUACUUGGUCACUUUUCUCGUUGAAUAAUGAUUAUGGUCGAUGUAUUGAAUUGAAAUUCGUGAAUCGAAUGAGAAGACAAUUCGAAUUUUCUGUUGAUUCAUUCCAAAUUUGUCUUGAUCCACUUCUUGAUGAUUUUGAUAGUCCAGAACAUCGAAAAGUCACCAUCGAAUCAAUGUUUGGUGAUGUUCAUCAAGCUAUGAAUCAUCUUCAUGAACGACUUAUUGAUACAACAAAACCAGAAGAAAUUCGUGGUGGUGGACUUCUCAAAUAUUGUCAUUUGAUAAUUCGAGGAUAUAAAGCAGCGAGACCAGGAAUUUGUCGGAAACUCGAAAGAUAUAUGUGCUCCAGAUUCUUCAUUGAUUUCCCAGAUAUUAUGGCACAGGAAGCUAAGCUCCGAAAUUAUUUGGAGAGUCAUUUUGGAACAAGUUCUUCAUCGAAUUUUGCAAGUGAUUGGAGUGGAGAUGAUACAGAUUCAGAGACUUCCACUUCUCAAGCAACAACAUCUUCAUUGUUGGCAAAUGGUCAAGCCAAAUAUGAUUUCUUGAUGUUAUUGCAUCGUGUUAUUAAUGAGAGUACUGUUUGUUUGAUGCAACAUGAAUUGCAAAUGACAUUGAAUAUGAUUGAUAGAUUGGCCUUCCAGGUGAGCAAUUUUUGAAAUUUGAAAUAUUCGAAAUAUUUUUGACGCAAAAAAUCUUUCGCUUUUUUCUUAAAAAUGCAUCAAACUUAGUUAUGUUUGGUCUCAAAAUGCUCCAGAUUUUAUAAAACAUCUGAAACAAUCAUCCAUAUCCAAAGGAAUCCCAUAAUUUUACAGGUCUCUGUCCAAUGCUAUGCUCCUCAAUCAUUCAACGGUGCCCAAACUCCACCACGCACCACACUUUUCUAUCUUCCAGCCGAUGCCACUUCCUGGAUUCCUGUUAUCUGA